AUGGAUGCGCACUCACCUGACCCACCCCCCGGACAAACUACACUCUCCGUCAGUGACUUCUCCAAAGCUCUGAAGACACUCCCCAGCUGUCAGAGAUGUCAGCAGGGACGUCGGAAAUGCGAUACUCUCAUUCCAUCCUGUAGCCGAUGCGCAAGGGCCAAAGAGGAAUGUCUUUUCUAUGACCACGCGCUCAAGCAGGUCCUUCCUAGGAGCUACAUCCACUCCCUGAUCAAGAGCGCCGAAAACCUACAACGGCAGAUCGCCGACAAUCGCAAGAUUGGGCAGAAGCCAUAUUCGCCUCGCGACACACUCACUACGCCAAAUCCUCAGGCCGCUCACAGCAGCAGCGGCGGCGAUAGCAGCAUCAUUCCAGUGAACAGUAGUGUCCAACAUCAGACGGGGUUCCACUUUCCAGUGACGACUCAUGAUGGGCCGACAUUGCGAUACUUCGGAUCCAGCUCAGUAUUCUCGCUUGCGGUCCACAUCAUGACCCGAGUGAGGAAUAGUGCUAUGUUCUCGCUGCCACCCAUCAACAGCGCGAUACUCACGGACAUGGAACCCUCCGAUUUCCAUGGAGGCUGUGACUGUACUAUCACCAAGUCGAUGGUGGAGCGAUCUCUGGAGCUUUACAUGGAUUCUAUCCACGUCCUCUACCCCUUUUUGGACGAAUCAACUGUCUUAUCGGAUCUGGAGGACUAUUGGGACAUUCAGAGCAGUGGUAUCGAUCCCAGUGGACUCAAAGGACACCGAGCCCACCAUUUCUUCCGCAUCAAAAUAAUAGCUGCAAUUGCCAGUGCGAGUCGCUCUCGGUACAAUGCCAGUCGAAUAGCUUGUGAUCACGGGUGUUACGUCGAGGCGACCAAAUGCAUCGCUGAGGUCACUUCUGAAGUCUCCGCCGACUCCCUACGUGCGCUCAUGCUGCUGAUCGUGUACUGUCUGUUUCGUCCCCGUAAAGGAGACAUAUGGAGACUGCUUGACUACGCAUGCCGUCUCUGUCUCGAACUUGGCUACCACACUGAGCUCGGUUCUGAUAGUUGUAUUAUCGAUCGUGAGCAACAAAAGAAGAUCUUCUGGAGCUUGUACACGUUGGAGAACAUAGUCAGCCAGCUCUUUGGCCGACCUUCCGAUUUCCCAGACGCAAUUGUCACGACAGAGUAUCCAGCUUCCAGUCCAACGGAAUCGGCAGAACUCAAUGCUGUCCAAAUUCAAUCUCUCUUUACGGUGCAACACUGGAAAUUGGUUUCUAUUCGCUCAAAGCUGUUCACGGAGCUAUAUUUGCCCAACGGGGCUGCAUAUCGAGACAUGUCUUGGUAUCAGAAACGACUCAACACCCUCGAUGCCUGGUACGCAGAAACGAUCAAGACGGUGGCUCUUGUCGGCGUGGGAGAACUCACCUGCACGGUUGCUUUUCAUGCAACUAUAUUAUUCCUUUUCCAGCCUCUGGUUAUGGACCUUCUGUGCCGGCCGGCAGACAGCAACACGCCGCCUGGACGGAUGCAGUUUGUCCCGGAGGAGAUAUUCCUAUCGGCUGGAAGACUUGUGGAAGUCUACGAGGAGAUCGUACAAGCUCCGAGGAACGGAGCACUUGGUACCUACCCAAUGACCUUCAUGUCCGCGCACUACAUCUUCCUGGCGAGUAUGAUGAUCAAGGCUUACUGCCUCUUCUACCUGGAUGGGAACACGACCUUCCAUAGGACGCUUUCAGAUCCAAAGUACAUUCAAGAGACAGGAAGCAUUGAUCUGGAGAACAUAUGUCGGAUAUCCAAUUCUUGCCUGAUAUUGUUGACGUUUUGUCACGAGAAGUGGCCUGGCCUUGUUGGUAUGAGAGACGUCUACCGACAGCUUUCCGAUCAGCUCCUGAAGCGUGUAUUGCAAAAAUACCAUGCGGAAGGGGCCCAAAGUGUCGGAACGCACGGAGCGUGA